ACCGACGCCGCCUGAUUUUUUAACUUCCUUCUUAAUUAAACCGGCGUGGCAGUCAGACGUGUGUAAUUAUAUUCGUUCCCAUUUGGCAAAGUGGUGAAAAAAAAUGCUGAAAUUUUACAUUUCCCGAUACGGCAGCCACCGCCGCCACGGCGUACCAGCACAAGCGCAUGUGCAAUGGGCCCCGUUAACUUUCGCCAGCGUUCCAGGGAGCACUCACAUCGGCCGGCAGUCCAAAUCUGCCCUGUGGAGCACCCACGCUGCCCAGCGAUCCGGAUCUGCCCUGUGGAGCACCCAGGCUGCCCAGCAAUUCGGAUCCGCCCAAAGGAGCACCCCCGCUGCCCAGCGAUUCGGAUCCGCCCGGAGGAGCACCACCGUUGGCCAGCGAUUCGGAUCCGCCCUGAGGAGCACCCGCCUUUGCCAGCGAACCGCAGUGCCUUAGGGAGCACCCCAAAUUUUGUUAAGUGAUUAGCAGUUGAAACAGGGAGCACCCCAAUUUUGUUCAGUGAUCAGCAAGAGCAGGGAGCACUCUCUCACUUAAUUUAACGAGAAAUUAUCUCGGCCAAAUAAGCCUAUAGGCUAGGAAAAAAAAAUGUCCAAUUAGAUCGGCCCUAACCCAAAUUCAAAUUUAAAAAAAAAACAAUGUAAAAACUACGCUUGGGCUCGAUCUUAACCUCAUUUGUAACCUAAAAAAAAUCCAGCUUGCGAAAAAUGUUCACGUGCAUAUCCGCCAACCAGGCUACACUGGAAAAAAAUUCCUUAACAUGUGCUAACGUAAAUCAAAGAAAAAAAAAUGUAUUAAAAGAAUGCGAUUGAAUAUUGAAGUGACAAUAAUUUUGUUAUGGAAAAAAUUUAAUUUAAUUAAAUAAUUAUAAGAUUUAAAUUAAGUUAUGAUUCAUCUAGUGCGCGGUUAAUUUACGGUUCCUAUCU